CAGACACCGAGUACUGCAUUUAACCUCUGUUGGGGCAACAGUCACUUUGAAGAAAUGCUAUCACAUUUAAGGCAUGUGUUUUCUGGGGCUCCUAUACUAAAUGCAAGCAAAUGCACUGUACAUCACUUUCGGUCAUCACAUUGCAAUGUGCAGCUAAAAGGUCGGAACCUUUUAACUUUAAAACAUUACACAGCUGAAGAAAUACAAUACCUUUUGUGGGUGGCAGCUGAUCUUAAAUACAGAAUAAAGCAAAAAGGAGAGUAUGUACCUGUGCUGCAGGGAAAAUCUCUUGCCAUGAUAUUUGAAAAAAGAAGUACGAGAACAAGACUCUCCACUGAAACUGGGUUUGCUUUACUUGGUGGACAUCCUUGUUUUCUAACCACACAAGACAUCCAUUUGGGAGUUAAUGAAAGCCUGAAGGAUACAGCAAGGGUAUUAUCAGGAAUGACUGAUGCUGUUCUAGCAAGAGUUUAUCGCCAAACUGACCUGGACCUUUUGGCUAAAGAGGCAACAAUUCCAAUUGUUAAUGGUUUAUCAGAUAUGUAUCAUCCUAUCCAAAUUCUAGCUGAUUUCUUAACUUUGCAGGAACAUUAUGGCCAUUUGAACGGACUAACCAUAUCCUGGAUUGGAGAUGGAAACAAUGUCUUAAAUUCAAUUAUGAUGAGUGCUGCCAAGUUUGGAAUGAACCUACGUAUAGCAACACCAAAGGGUUAUGAACCUGAUUCCUCUGUAAUUUCAGCAGCUGAACAGUUUUCCAAAGAGUCUGGCACACCGCUUUUUAUGACAAAUGAACCUCUGGAGGCUGCAACUGGAGCCAAUGUUUUGGUGACCGACACCUGGGUAAGCAUGGGAAAGGAAGAGGAGAAGAAGAAACGCUUAAAGGAUUUUAAAGGAUACCAGAUAACAAUGCAGACUGGUAAAGUUGCUUCUCCAGACUGGACAUUUCUUCACUGUUUGCCAAGAAAGCCUGAAGAAGUGGAUGAUGCAGUUUUCUAUUCUCCCAAAUCUUUGGUUUUCCCAGAAGCAGAAAAUAGGAAAUGGACAAUUAUGGCCGUGAUGGUUGCUUUAUUGACUGAUUAUAUUCCUCAACUACCAAAACCUACAUUUUAAUCCACAGUUAAAGCUAUGAAAUAUAACGGAGCAAACUGAAUCUGUAAACAUCAAAACUAAAAGAUAAUUUUAUUGUUUUAUAUAUACGCUUGCCAAGUGGAAUAAAUAUACAUAUAGCCAGAAAUCUCUUGGUAUCUGCUGUAAAACACAUUGUAUUUGCAAAGUGUUUCUAUUUUAAAGGGAAACUUAACUAAAAUAUCUCUGUCUUAAUCAGUGAUUAAAAUUUAGUAUUAUAAAAAUUUUA